AUGUCGUUUAUACUUCUGUUCACAACAACAUCUGAUGAAAUGAUUGCAUAUACACUAGUUGAAAAGCUUACCCCAAAUACUUUGUGUUAUCAUCAUAAACUUUCGUGGGCAAUAAUCUUGUUAUAUUGUGAACCUUAUCAUUUGUGUACGUCUGGGUUUAAAACGUGUUUGUUGCUGAUAUCUUAUCUAAUCAUAGACUUCAAGGCUUUUUCUCUCUUAAGAUUGUAUCGUUCAUCAACAAUUAUUAUGGGAACAAAUUCAGUGUAG